CGCCGGCCGGCCGGCCGGAGAGAAAGGAGUGCGCGCGGCCGUGACGUGAACGGCGGCGGCAGAAGGACAACAAGCGUCGAUAGAAAAGGAACCGGUUUGCUGUUGCCUCUUGUGCGCCUCAGCGGACGCUGGAACGUCAGUCGCCAGUAUGCCGAUAGCCAGGAGGGCUUGGCUCAACUGGAUCGUCGCCCUGCAGGCGCUGGCGGUGGCGAUCGUGUUCGCGUGCUCCAGAGAGUGCCUCUGCGUGCCAAUCGUAACUCCGUCGAAGGGCAGGACCCGCUUCGCGAACAUCUCCAUCCACAGGAACCAACCCCCCCGCAAGCCCUUGCCUAGCUUGCACAAGCUCAACACUUCUUGCCUUCAGGACCACACCUUCUGCGAAAGCCUCCCCGGUUAUCCAAAGGAGCUCGUGACGAGCGUGAUGCAGCUGCGCGGUGCGCCUUUCCGGAACUACUUCGCGGAAGUGGACCGCGACGAGGCGCUGCUGGACGACCUGGCGCCGCCAUCGUCCGAGCAGCGUGUGCGCGUGCCUUUCGGCAGCGACGUGGAUGAGGCACAGGUGUGCGACGUGCGCGUCGAGGUGCGCUACCCGCGCUUCGGCGUCGACAAGGACGGUGACAUGCGCCUCAUCGUCAACGACGGUGGUGACUUCAAGCAGCCCGUGCGCGUCGAAGUCUGCAGAAACGAAGGCGGCACUUGCGACCGGAUCCACGACAUGCUGCCGGCCGGCCAUUCUACCCGCUGUGCCACCAAAUACGUGAACCGGGUGCUGGUGGCGCUCUUCACCGAGGACAACCGCGUCGAGCCCAAGCCUACCAAGUUCGCCUUCCCGGCGGCAUGCGUCUGCUACGUGCGCACUUAUUACUACCCGAGCAAAGUGUGACAAAGGAGAA